AUGGACACAUUUAAUUUUUCAGCAGCAUUCAGCUCGGGUUCGAGCUUUAGUUCUGCGGAUAUUGACAAGUACACCAAAGGCAUAACUCACAAAAUUAUUCAUAAAAAAGGUGGAAGUGUGUUCGUUUUAGGACAAGAUAUUCAAUCUUGGCAAGCAUCCGUAAGAACUAAUCCAGUUGUUGUACGUCGAACUAUCGAGAAUAUAACAUCUUUCAUUCAAACGGAUAAAAUCAGUGAACUAUCAGAAAUUGAACUGACCCGAGUACGACAGGAAAUAAACAAGGCAGUAAGCGUGUAUGUCGAGAGGAAUGUCAUUUAUGGAUGCAUGAGUCCAGCUUCAGAAUCAUUUAAUUGGGUUGCUAAUGUGGAUGAUGGGGCAUGUAAAAACCCCAAUACGACUGCAAAAUUUGGUGGAUUCUAUCGCACUUGCGAUGAGAAACCUGGUUUGAUUCGAAAGUGCGGAUCUUAUCAAUUGAAUAACUUUCAUACUGGUGGCCUAUCAUGUCCAAGUGGCUUUAGAGCUUCUGUUUUACAUAAUUUAACCCAGUACGAACCAACCUACACGCAACAAUGUAAGAGUUGCGGAUUUCUAUGGUUUAGUAGUUGUUGUAAAGAUAUUCCUGGUAAAAUUGAUCGGCGUAAUACUGUUUUAUAUACUUGCAGCAUAUUUAGCAAGUUCAAAUCAUCUUCAGACGUUUUGAGAGAUGAUUCCCCAUACGUUUAUGGUGGUUCGUUCACAUCCAGAAGCGUCAAUCCAAUUACUAACUCAGCAACAUGUCCUCAGAGAUUUGCCGUUGCAAAAAUUGCCAAUGAUAUUAACGUGUGUUUUACUCGCCAAACUAUUACCGCUACAGGAUUUCCUUUUUUUGGUGGCUUCUAUUCGUGUAAUCAAGGCAACACACUGCUCGAACCUCCUGAACAAAAAUGUCCAGAGGGUUAUAGUAUUUAUAUCAUGGGUGCAAUUGAUACUGAAUGCUUAUUAUAUGUUUGCUUAAAGUUUAGAAACUUCAAUGAUCUAACACAGUAUCCAUCCGUCGUUUUACCGCCUUUUUUCGAGAUUGAUAUUCGAAAUCAAACGGUAGAGACUGCGAGCGAAACAUCCCUUAAUUCAAAAGAUACUACCCCAUCAAAAAGUACCAAUCGAAAUACCGAAAAGGCUACAUUAGGAAUAUCCAUAACUGCUUUGGCGGUUACUUUAGUUGCGAUUAUCGUCGUUAUUAUCAUACGAAUGAAAAAGAAUCGUCAAAGACAGGCAGCUAACAACUAUCAUGUAGAUGAAACUCUGUAG